UGACCCUUACCUGGUCGGCGAGGCUGUUCCAGGUGAGUCGCUCCCGGGACUGGGACUGGGACAAGGGCUGGAGCGGCGGACUGCAGCGGAGAAUGUGGAUCCCAGGGUCUGGACUGUACCUCACUGUGUUGCUACUGCUCCUGCAGAAUUAUUGUGAGGUUGGACAAUGUUUUUGCAAAAGAGGAUUUUCCAAACAUAAAAUUAAAGCACAGAUUGAUCCAUAUGUUUCUGAAGGGGAUGUUGUACUUACAGUGCAAUUCCGCGACUGUGCCUUGGGAAGUCAUGUCCAGUUUAGGACCAGCGACAGCAGGUUUGAUGUGGAUGGUGCCGGGGUUGUAUGUGCGUCUCGGACCCUAACCAUUGAUUCGGAAGAUGAGUUCCGCGUGUUGGCAGAAGAUUCAGAAACUUGUGAAACUUGGAGUGUGGAUAUUCAGCUCAGCCCUUGGAAGAAGACCGAGCUGGCCGAGAGGAGCCUUAAAGUUAUCCGGUUUCCAGCGAAAAGGAGUUCCAGACGGCAGAAGAGGGAAUGGGUCAUUCCACCACUUGAUGUUCGUGAGCAUCAGCCUCCGACACAGCACAACCCGAUUGCUACUAUUCGAUCGGAUGCUGAGGAUAUACCUGGUGUUACCGUAACCUACCGCAUCACUGGCAAAGGGGCCACCGAGCCACCUAUUAAUCUGUUUGUAAUCGAUCAUCGAACCGGUGAAUUAAAUAUUACAAAAGAGGUGGACCGUGAAGUAAAUCCAAUGUUCACACUUACCGGUCAGGCCUAUGAUCAAAAUGGAAAAGCAAGGGAAACGCCAAUCGAACUCAAGGUUAAAGUUUUGGACAUCAACGAUAAUCCUCCAAUUUUCACAAAACAAGUCUUCCAAGGGAGUGUUGAAGAACUGAGUCCGUUUGGCACCUUUGUAUUAUCAUUGAAUGCAACUGAUGCCGAUGAAGGGGAGAAUGCUGUGAUCCAUUACAGGAUCAUAAGUCAAAAUAUCAAAGAGGAAUUCAUUGCAACAGCGAACGGAGAAAUCAAAGUUACAGAUCGGAAUCUGGACCGUGAGACAUUGAGUUUGUACACCUUCAUUGUUGAAGCUCGUGACCUACGAGGGAAAAGUCAAGGACUCAGUGCAACAGCAUCAGCUCAGAUCAGGAUCUUAGAUGUAAAUGACAAUAUCCCCACUGUGGAAUAUUUUGAGUAUGAAAUGCAUGUGCAAGAAAAUCUGAAAAAUAUUGAAGUAAUACGAAUAAAGGUGACAGAUAAGGAUGAAAAGUUCAGCGAUAAUUGGGUGGCGCAGUUCGAUAUUAUUGAAGGCAAUGAAGCCGAAUAUUUCAGGAUUGAAGUCGAUAAUCGAACAAACGAGGGAAUUUUGAUUGUUCACAAGGAACUGAACUAUGAAGAAAUGGAAGAGGUAAAUCUGUUAAUUCGCAUCCGUAACAAGGCACCAUUCCACAGCUCCGUCUCUUCAACCAGCAUCGUCAGGCCUAUUAAAGUAAAACUCAUUGUGGACGACGUGAAAGAAGGUUUUGAAUUUCGACCCUCAAGAUGGACGGUAUCAGUGAAAGAAACUACCACUGGUACAAUAGUCCAUGAAGUGCUUGGAAAGUAUCCUGCUGUUAGUGCUGACACUGGCAAGCAGAGCAAGAUGACCAAGUAUGCCAAGGAUGUUGACAUAGCUAACUGGUUAGUGAUUAAUCCAGACACUGGGGAGGUUACCUUCAAUGGCGUUCCUGAUCGAGAGUCAAAGCAUGUGAUUAAUGGGACGUACUCUGCCACCAUAUUGGCCAUAAACAGCGAACGUCGCCCUGCCUCAACUUCCACAGGAACCAUCGUUAUUAGAGUGCAAGAUGCUAAUGACCAUCGGCCAAACUUUGUGGAUUUAAAUCCGUGUAUAUGCAGCAAUGCAAAGUCAUUGACCCUCACUGCCUUCGAUGCGGAUGGUCCUCCAUAUGGAGCCCCUUUCCAGUUUAAUCUAAACUCUAAUAAGAAAUGGAAAUUGGGUCACACCAAUGCAACUAGCAUGCAGCUGAUUCCCAUCGGAGAUUUGUGGCCUGGAAUAUUUACCGUACCAAUAUCUAUCAAAGAUAACGAUAGCAAUGGACACCUGGUAAACCUCAAUGUUCAUGUCACUGAUUGCCAUGAGAUCAACAUGUGCAGAGCAGAGAAAUUAUUCCAAUCACCAAAGGCAUAUCUCGGUGGUGCUGCUGUGGGUCUGAUGGUGCUGGCCUUACUGCUGCUCCUGCUUGUUCCUCUGCUGCUCCUGUUUUGUCAAUGUGCCGGUGGGAUGGGGAGAAAAGGCUUCUUUGUGAUACCACCCGAGCCUGUGGGAUCCCUCAGCAAAAGCAACUUUGAAGGUGGAGGGCCUGUCGACACGAUGGUGCCAAUCCUUUCUCCUGACAAUACAGUGGGAAUGGGUCAACAAACAGAAGGAUUUGCUGCAGUAGGAGCUGGAGGAAGUGGCCUUGUAGGUUCUAGUAAUUUCGUGGGAUCUGGUGGUGUCGUGGGAUCUGGUGGUGUCGUCGGAUCAGGUGGUGUCGUCGGAUCAGGUGGUGUCGUGGGAUCUGGUGGUGUCGUCGGAUCUGGUGGUGUCGUCGGAUCCAGUGGCAUGGAUUGGAGGUCUGAGAAACAGAUGAUGUUGGAGGAGGAAGCUUACGAAACAGGUUCGAGUCGAUUGGUUUCCAUUCAGGACAGGAGAGUUCAGUAUGAUGCCUUUGGAAGAUCAGCAGGGGCUCCAACUUGGAGUCAAUUGUCAUCUGGUGGAGAACUGUGGGAAGGUUCUUGUAAGGCUUUCAUCGAGCAAUACAUCAGCAAGAAGUUGGUCCCCGAAACAGAGUGGGAAUCUUGCUCAGCGCGUGAUGUCUUGCUGGUGUACGCCGAUGAAGGGAAGAACUCACCUGUCGGUUCCCUUAGUAGUUGUAGCUGCAUUGAGGAUGCUGUCAGAGAUGAUUCCUUCCUGAAUGACCUGGACUCAAAGUUCAGAACCCUGGCUGAGAUCUGUGAGAGUCGCCACUCUGUGUUUGUCAAAUCCAGCUCCCGCGCAUUGUCGGGGUCCGCUGAUCCUCUAAUCCAGCAGAGCAACGAGGCGAAAGAGGGGUCCGUCUGGAAGGAGACUGCAAAGCUAUCGAGUGCAACCCAGGAGGCACAAGAGACCCCCGUUCAAAAACACAUUGUGGUGACCACAACCAUCAGUCCCUGUGGGGAGGUCGUGCCUGGAGUGACUGACCCCACAUUAAUCCAAAGGAUGGCGAUGGCAAAUGCCCGAUCAAACAUUGAGGAUCUGCAGGGUGGCACUGACCUAACGUCAGGCCACAAAGCAUCCAAAUUUAAUCUGGGUGUGGAUCACGUCGACGGAACAGUUCCAUCAUUCUCCCAAAUGCCCAUUGUCCAAAAGAGUGUGGUAGUGACCAGAUCGGUCAAGUCAGGCAGAAGGGAAACACAACCCAUGAUCACCGAGCCAUCAUUUGGAUCAGUACCCGCAGUUGCGAAGAAUGUGGUCUUGACCAGAUCAGUUGAUACCUGCGCAGGGGCGACGCAAGGCAGCCCCACUGAUCCAUCCCUGGGUCAGGCCUCUCUCAGGCAGCAGCACGUGCGGGUGACUCGGUCAGUUCAUUCGGGAAAGGGAGAGAUGCAAGGCAUGGCCACUGACCCGUCCACUGGUCGGGUGCCGGUGAUCCAGAAAAAUGUGGUGGUGGGUGGAUCGCUCCGUUCAGGAACGGGAGGAAUCCAAGGCAUUGCUAAGGAGCCAGCAAUUGCAAAAGAUUUGGUUACGGGUCCCUUUGGUGGUGGGACGUACAGUUCUAUUAAAAAAGUAACCAAAACUGUACAGUUAUUACAGGAAUAGGCAUUUUGUACAAUCAAAUACAUUUUAGCUUACAAUAUCACUGGAGGGGAGAUGUUCUAAAAGAAUAUAGGAAGUAGGAGGAGGCCAUUCAGCCCCUCGAGCCUAUCCCACUGUUUAAUUUGAUCAUGGCUGAUUUCAUCUUGGCUUCAACUCCACAUUCCUGCCCCCAUAACCCUUCAACCCAUUGCUAAUUAAAAAUCCGAUUAAAAUCUAGAAGUAGGAUUGUGUGAUGACCCCUCUCGAGCCUCGAUACAAAGCCCAUUGGGACCUCUCAUACCCCAGAGCAACACAAAUCUCAAACCAAGAAUCAUACGCCAAGACCAAAGAGCCAGAAACUAAAACUAAACCCAAGAAAUCAGCUCAACUUAGGUCAUUUUAAAGAUUGGCAGAUUUUUAGAAGCGUCAUAUAUUUUCUGGCAAACACGCCUUUUAAUGUAACGGCCCUUUGUUUUUGUUAGAAUUAAGUGCACAAAUAAUUCCACAGUACACAUAGAAAUCCACUUACAUUGGCUCGUCAAUAGUCAGUUGCUUGUUUGACCAAACUAGCUAAACAUUGUAAAGUUGGUCAAACAAAGAGGGUAUGGAGGUUUCUUUUUUUAAAUUAUCUUAUGUAUUUAUCACUCCUUAUCUACUUAUAUCACUCCUGAGAAACGAGAUAAACUCAUUUGUUUGUUUUCUUGAUGUUAUAUUUCUAGCUCCAGAUCUGACAAAAUGAUAUCAUUUUUUGCAAGAAUCAUUUAAAUAUACACUCAGUUGUUUCAAAAUAUAGAGUCAUAGAAAUGUACAGCAUUGAAACAAACCCUUCAGUCCAACUCGUCCAUGCUGACCAGAUACCCUAAAUCAAUUAAAUUAGAUUAGAUUACUUACAGUGUGGAAACAGGCCCUUCGGCCCAACAAGUCCACACCGACCCACUGAAGCGCAACCCACCCAUACCUCUACAUUUACCCCUUACCUAACACUACGGGCAAUUUAGCAUGGCCAAUUCACCUGACCUGCACAUCUUUGGACUGUGGGAGGAAACCGGAGCACCCGGAGGAAACCCACGCAGACACGGGGAGAAUGUGCAAACUCCACACAGACAGUCGCCUGAGGUGGGAAUUGAACCCGGGUCUCAGGCGCUGUGAGGCAGCAGUGCUAACCACUGUGCCACCGUGCCGCCCAAUCUAGUCCCACCUGCCAGCAUUAGGGCCAUAUCCCUCCAAACCCUUCCUAUUCAUAAACCCGUCCAGAGAUGCCUUUUAGAUGUUGCAAUUGUACCAGCCUUUACCACUUCCUCUGGCAGCUCAUUCCAUACGUACCACCCUCUGUGAGAAAAAGUUGCCCUUUAGUUGCCUGCAUUUAUUUUGCCCAUCCCUAACAGUCCAGGGAGUAGUUAAAAGUCAAUCUCAUUGCCAUGGGUCUGGAGUCACGUGUAGACCAGACCAGUUAAGGAUGGCAGUUUUUCCUUCCUAAAGGACAUUAUUGGACUAGAUGAGUUUUUGUUUAAAUGACCAUUCAAUAGUUCCAUGCUCACUUUUGAUGAUAGUGGCUCUUUAUUCCAGAUUUGUUUAAUUCAUUGAGUUCAAAUUCUCCAACUGCAAUGAUGAGGUGAGAAUUCAAGAUGAGAUCAGGGAUGUGUUGGCUAGGGGGAUUAGCCAUGGUUAAUGCAGGCUUAUGGGGUUCAUGUAGGGGGGCUGGGUGGGAUACUCUUCAGAGGGUUGGUGUGUAACUCAAUGGGCCUAAUGGCCUGCUUCGCACUAUAGCAAUUCUGGGAUUCUAUGAUUCUAUGCCGAGCCUAGUAACACAAACACUCCGGUGUCAUACCCCUCCUGUUGCAAAUACACUCUGCAUCAAGCUUCCCCAGUCAGAAAGGUGAAGCUCUUGAGUAAACUUUUCUUGAUGUAAUUGGUGUGAAGACUGCUUCUGACCUUGAUAACAACUACUUUCUCAUGCCUUUUCUCAUGAACUCUCUCAUUGGAAAGUGUGAGUGUCUCAUAAGACCAUAAGAUCUAGGAACAGAAUUAGGCCCUUCAGCCCAUCAAGUCUGCUUCGCCAUUCAAUGCUGGCUGAUCCAUUUCUCAAGCCAAACCUAUCUGUGCGUAAUUUUGUUUUAACAUCGUGGGGGGGGGCGCUAUUAUUGUCUGUAUGACCUUGAUGGUUUUCUUAUCAUAGUGACGUGUUGAGCUAUGGUGAUUGGGAUCAUCUCAUCUUUGCCGUGGCCAGUGAGAGAGAGACAGUCUUUCAUAAGACUGGUCAAUCAUCGAGCAUCUUUUGGACCGCACUUCGUCCAGCCUCUCCCGCUCAUCUUGCUGAUGUUGGUGGCCUGACCAAAAGCAAGGGACAACCAAUGGCAUUGCUCAAAAAAUUCUGGGAGUGCAUGCACGCAUGAGCCUCUUCAUCUCGUCAAGGCGGUGUUCCACCGAGGCCAUUUUGGCUGCCGUAUUGGUAACUUAGUUGACUAAUUUGUGUCCCUACAAACAGGCACUUCGUGGUGAGGUUCAGAGGUCCUCAAGUUAAGAAAGCACCUUGCAAUUCCAAUUCCCUAGUCGAGCCCUGACAAACAAAGAGAAAGACUGAACAUAUUGGGGCCAUGUUGCUUGGAAAAGGGAAGGCUAAUAGAUGAUCCAGUAAAAAUAAUUAAAGGAUUUUGACAAGAGCUGUGAAGAAGGCCAUCAAAGCAAAAGCAGCAAAUAAACAAGAUGAGUGUAGUAUGGUGGCUCAGUGGUUAGCACUACUGCCUCACAGCACCAGGGAUCCAGGUUUGACUCCAGCCUCGGAUUACUGUCUGUGUGGAGUUGGCACGCUCUUCCUGUGUCUGCGUGGGUUUGCUCUGGUUUCCUCUCACAGUUCAAAACUUUGCAGGUUGGGUGGAUUGACCAUGGGAAAUUACCCCGUAGUGCCCAGGCACAUGCAGGCUAGGUGGAUUGGCAAUGGGAAAUGUGGAGUUUAUCGGGCUGGGUGUGGAUGGGAUGCUCUUUGAAGGUUUGGUGUGGGCUGAAUGGCCUCUUUACAUGCUGAAUGGAUUCUAUGAUCACACAUUAUCAUCUUUUAUUAGCUGAAGGAAUUCAUGAAAAGUUUCUUUAGGGCUGUUAGGUUCUAAAAAGUCAACGCUGUGGAGACUGGUUGGGGGAACCAUAGCUUACAAACAGAUGCUGGAUUAGCACAUGAUGCAGAAAGAAUUGGGAGGUUAUGUUGAUGAAAUGAGGUGAAGUACUCCAUUGUGUUAAUGGACUGGUUUUGUGCUGUGCAGCUCUGUGUAACGGAACUGCCUUUAGUCAAUCGAUUUAAGUCUCGAGAUGAUCAUAAUGUAUUUAAAAUGUGGGUUGUCUCAAGAUGGGCUGUAGUCGUUGGCCCCUCUUACAGACUGUGAAACAUUAUGACAGCAUCUCCAAUGUGGUUUAUUUCUACAGUGGUGAAAUUAAAUGUACCUGAAUGUCAAUCAAAUGACCUCAUGAGGAUCAUGGGCACUGCCUACUUCCUGUUUCCUUUGCUGAGAUUUUAAAAAAAUAUUACGGUGCAAAAUUUAUAAGAGAAACAGUGGUAUUGAAUGAUUUUGCUGAUGGUGGGGUUAUAGGGUAGGGGUUGGAUCUGGGUGGGAUGCUUUUCGGAGGGUCGGUGUGGACACAAUGGGCCAAAUGGUCUCUUUCCACACUGCAAGGAGUCUGUGAUUCUGAAUACACAUCGCUGUCUCCAUUAACGCAUCCCAGAGCACCUCACCCAUCAAUCUUAUGACUGUGGUAAAGCUUAAUCUUCUGGUUGGAAAUAUUAACUGUGUUCUGAGGAAUGUCAUAACGCUACAUUGCCAUAGGUGACUUUUAUGGGACCUUUAAGCUUUCUUAACGAGAACAAUAUAUGUUGAAUAGACUAUAGUGAAUAUUCUAUGGUAGUUGUGUUAGUAUUAAAUAAAAAUCAAAAUAAUGUGCUUCUCCAUUAGAGUUUGAUACACUGUGUAAGGAAGUAGAAGUUUUCUAGAAAUUACUGAACUUUUUUCUCUCAUCUCUACAUUAGAUUUUGUCUGAGUAACUUCAGUUUGCAUGUUGCUUUGUACCAAUUUGGUAAACUUCAGUUUAAGGUUUUAGUGAUCCUCAGACAAAAAUGGUGCAGGCAGUUAAUUGUAUUCUGUAAAUGAAACAGAAAUGAACAAUCUAACUGUGAUCUUCUCUGAAAGUAUUUUAAAGAGGUUGCAUUGUAAGUUUGCGCUGAAAAU